UUUAUUUGUGGUUCACAUUUUCGAUUUGUUGGCUGGCUCUUAGUUACUAAACUUACUUCUCUCUCGUUGGUCAAAGUUAAUAAAGAUUUGAAAAAGCAAAGUUAAUUAAAUAGAAAAAUUAAGUUGGUUUGCUGAAGUUGAUUGAAGAAAAAUUAUAAAUCUAGUUGAGUUAAGCUAGAUUAAAAGCGAGUUGACAACAUGGCGAGAAUGCUUCCAAUGUCUGGAGUUCUGUUGGCCAUCUGCUUCUCCGGGGCACGUGGCGCGGAUUGGACCUUUUCCGACCAAAGUGCGUGGACCAACUCUCCGGCGGCCACUGCCAAUGGCUGGACGUGCGGCGGGAAUAGGCAAUCCCCAAUCGACAUCAUCACCAGCGAUACCGUACGGGACCCCAACCUAGAUGAUGGAUUCGAGUUUUCGACUGCAAUGGGACAGAAUAUGGCGAACGCUUCCUAUACCAAUAAGGGAUACACUAUGCAAAUGGAUAAUAAUGAAUACGACACUUCUCCCCUGACAAUCGAUGGAGCUGAUCUGCCCAUAGACCCAAGUGACUACACCUUCCUUCAAUUCCACUUUCACUGGGGCACUGCAACGACGCCCGGAUCCGAACAUCUUAUUGAUGGCCAUAGGUUCAUGGCUGAAGUUCAUUUCGUGUUCAAGAGCAUUCAGACGGCUCUCACUGACGACAACUCACUGACAGUUCUAGGAUUCUUUAUCGAAAUUGACGAUACGCCGGGCUUCGAACAUGGUGGUCAGUGGAAAACGCUUCUGGACGCCAUUGAAACUCUGUCACAAGAGGAUCAAACGACAGAUUACAUUGACGCGAUAGCCAUUUCGGAUUUGAUUCCUAUGUACAACCCUUCGAUGAAGAAAUUCUACCACUAUAAUGGUUCUCUCACUACUCCCCCCUGCUAUGAAGUUGUCAACUGGUAUGUCUUUGAGGACCCUAUCUACAUCAGCCAAGACCAGUAUGACAAGUUCUUCUUAAUACGAAAUGCGGAUAAUGAGAUACCCACCAAUACUUACAGAUUUGCUCAGCCUCUGAAUGGAAGGAUUGUGCGAAGGACUCAAUUGGCAACUGUCUCGAACUCUGCACCAAGCUGGACCUUUGCUAACCAAGCAGCGUGGGUUGGUACUCCGGCGGCCGCUGCCGGUGGCUGGACGUGUAAUGGAAACAGGCAAUCCCCCAUUGACAUUGACACAGAGAGCACUGUUCAUGAUUCAAAUCUGGACGUGGGAUUCACUUUCGCGGAAGCGCUUGGAAUGCCAAUCAGCCAGAUGGAUUUAGCCAACAAAGGAUACACAUUCCAAUUGACCGAUGAAAUGAUGAGCUAUUUUGGUGAUUCGAUGAACCUUAUCACUCAACGCCCCAGAUCUGCCACAGAUAGCUCCAAUAAAGAGGACUACGCCUUCUGGCAAUAUCACUUCCACUGGGGAACAGAGGACGAACCUGGAUCGGAACACACUGUCAAUGGAAAGAGAUUCGCCGCCGAGCUGCAUUUCGUGUUCAAGAGCAAGUCACUUGCACUCGCUACGGACAAUUCACUGACCGUUCUAGGAUUCUUCAUUGAAAAAUAUGAUGGAACAUUCGUUCCUCGUGGACCAUUUGCUGACAUAAUGAACGAGCUCGGAGAACUCAUUGAUGCAGGAUCCCACGUUGAAUGGGAUAAUAUGUUCGCGCUGACUGACUUGCUGCCGCUGAAUGACCCGGAAGUGAUGAGCAAAUUCUUCCACUACAAAGGAUCCCUGACUACGCCACCCUGUCUCGAAGUCGUCAACUGGUAUGUCUUCGAAGACCCAAUCUACGUCAGCGAAGCACAGUUCUCAAGAUUCCUAGCUGGAAGGGCACACAAUGGUGAAUUAAUUACUGACACCUACAGGGCUGUUCAACCCCUCAACGACAGAGUGGUCUAUCGAACCAAGACUGCCGACUCGAACACUGUGCGAAUGGCUAUAAGUGCACUGGUAGUUGCACUCUUCGCACGCAUUGCACUCUGAGCGUGCGAAUGGCGUGAACAAAGCUGAGUAGUGAGAGUGCAAGAGAGAAAAGAGAAAUACAAACAGCGGCUGUAAAAUAGAAUUCGAAAUAAAACUAAGCGAUUUUUUAAUAAUUGAAACUGAUAGUAAAAAACAUAAACGGAUACUAAUUUUUGAUGAUUGUGAUAACAAUAAAAUAAUGAUUCGAAAACAAACGAGAAUAUCAUGCAAACUUUGAUUUAAUGAACUCUCGCCUUAAUUGUCGUUGGAUUCUUACUCAUUUUUUUCUAGAGAUUUCAUUAUUAUCACAGUUCUCUGAGUACGUGGAAAAUUUGUCCUAAUUGAUUUUCAACAGUUUC